AUGCUUCUCCUUGCUUUAGAUCUCCUUCUCCUUGCUUUGGAUCUCAUCUCCUUCUCUCUGCUUUAUUUCUCUUUUCCUUGCUUUAGAUCUUCUUCUCCUUUCUUUAGAUCUCCUUCUCUCUGCUUUAUUUCUCUUUUCCUUGCUUUAGAUCUCCUUCUCCCUGCUUUAGAUCUCCUUCUCCUUGCCAUAGAUCUCCUUCAACUUGCUUUAGAUCUCCUUCUCCCUCCUUUAGAUCUCAUUCUCAUCUCCUUCUCUCUGCUUUAUUUCUCUUUUCCUUGCUUUAGAUCUCCUUCUCCCUGCUUUAUAUCUCAUUCUCCUUGCUAUAGAUCUACUUCUCUCUGCUUUAUUUCUAUUUUCCUUGCUUUAGAUCUCCUUCUCCUUUCUUUAGAUCUCCUUCUCCUUGCUAUAGAUCUCUUUCUCCUUAUCUCCUUCUCCUUUAGAUUUCUCCUUCUCUUCCUUGCUUUCUCUCCUUCUCCUUGCUUUAGAUCUCCUUCUCCUUGCUUUAGAUCUCCUUCUUUCUCUUUUUGCUUUCUCCUUCUCCUUGCUUUAGAUCUCCUUCUCCUUGCUUUAUCUCUCCUUCUCUCUGCUUUAGAUCUCCUCCUCCUUGCUUUAGAUCUCCUUCUCCUUGCUUUAGAUCUCUCCUUCUCCUUGCUUUUAGAUCUCCUUUUCUCCUCUGCUUUAGAUCUCCUUCUCUCUUUAGAUCUCCUUCUUUUCUCUUUAGAUCUCCUUCUCCUUCUCUGCUUUAGAUCUCCUUCUCCUUGCUUAGAUCUCCCUUCUCUCUUUAGAUUCCUUCUCCUUGCUUUAGAUCUCCUUCUCCUCUGCUUUAGAUCUCCUUCUCCUUUAGAUCUCCUUUUAGAUCUCCUUCUCUUUAUAGAUCUUUUUUCUCCUUCUCCUUGCUUGCUUCUCCUUCUCCUUGCUUUAGAUCUCCUUCCUUGCUUUAGAUCUCCUUCUCCCUGCUUUAGAUCUCCUUCUCCUUGCUUUAGAUCUCCUUCUCUUUAUUUCUCUUCUCCUUCUUUAGAUCUUCUCCUUGCUUUAGAUCUCCUUCUCCUUGCUUUAAUCUCCUUCUCCUUGCUUUUAGAUCUCCUUCUCCUUGCUUUAGAUCUCCUUCUCACUUUAGAUCUCCUUCUCCUUGCUUAUCCUUCUCUCCUUCUCUCUUGCUUUAUUUCUCUUUCUUCUCCUUGCUUUAGAUCUCCUUCUCCCUGCUUUAGAUCUCCUUUCUUUCCUAUAAUCUCCUUCUCCUUGCUUUAUUUCUCCUUUCUUCUUGCUUUAGAUCUCCUUCUCCUUGCUUUAGAUCUCCUUCUCCUUGCUUUAGAUCUCCUUCUCCCUGCUUUAGAUCUCCUUCUCCUUGCUAUAGAUCUCCUUCUCUCUAUUUUAUUUCUUUUCUCUUUUCCUUGCUUUAGAUCUCCUUCUCCUUAUCUCCUUCUCUCUGCUAGAUCUCCUUCUCACUGCUUUAGAUCUCCUUCUCCUGCUUUAGAUCUCCUUCUCCUUGCUUUAGAUCUCCUUCUCUCUGCUUUUUUUCUCUUUCUCCUCCUUUUUUUAGAUCUCCUUCUCCUUGCUUUAGAUCUCCUUCUCCUCUGCUUUAGAAAUCCUUCUUUUCUCCUUGCUUAUUUUUCUCCUUCUCCUUGCUUUAGAUCUCUUCUCCUUCUCCUUUGCUUUAUUUCUCUUUUUCUUUGCUUUCUUUUUCUCUCCUUCUCCCUGCUUUAG